AUGAGAAGGGCUGGAUGUCAGGAGGUCGCUGUAAAUGCUGGGAAAAGAAGCCGAAAAAACCCUGAGAAUGAACCUUCACACUCCAACAUCAAAAGGCCUAAGUGUGCAGAGGUCAACUUUCUGCCUAACUUUCCUCAAGGAGAGGAUCCCUCAAGCCUUGACCUUUUGAGGCAGGCUAUUGUCGAGGAAGUAAAGAAGACUGAGAGAAACCUACCCCUUAUUAGUAAGAUGAUGCAGAACACGUUUGCCUUGCGACGACAGAUUAUUGUAAUGUCCUGCCCACCGGUGAAAGAGCUAAUGGACCUCUGGCCUGCUCUUCAUAUGCAGUCUGAGGAAUUACAUGAUGUCCACACAAGGCGUACCACUGUUCUCCAUGCCCUUCCUGAUUAUCUACUAGAGGAAGUCUCUGUAUUUUUCAGAACAUGUGUGGAUGAUAUGGAUGAGCCAGACCUGUGGGAUGCAUCAGUGGUCCUCCUUACAACAGUCAGUGAUGAUGCCACAAGCCCAGUUCACUACCACCCAGUGAGAGUCUCUGUCGUCCUAGAGGGUGAUGUGGUUGUCAGUCUCCCCAGGCUUGCUGAUGCCUUCCUGGUAAUGUUCGGCCUGAUUUAUGCACUACAUCUCAGCUAUCCCAAGGGACUGACAAACACUUUUGAGUUCACACAGAAAAUCUUGCUUGGUCUUGAUGACUCUAAACUGUCACCCAAGCUGCAGAAUCUUAAAAAUGAGCUGAUGUUGUAUGUGUAACUGAAGAUCCAAAAAGGAGUGGUGGAUUCUGAUGGCUCACUCUGUUAGAGCAUAGUCCAUAAUGAGAAUAUGUCAUGUCAGGUCCAUGUUGAAUACUGUUCAACUGUUUAUGUUAAAGUUGCUGCUCUAC